AUGCAGUUCACCGAUGAGGAAGCUGCCGGGGUGAAGCAGUGGGUGGUAAAGAAACUGGAGGAUAUCUCCGAUGCCGACUCCGAUGUACUUGCAGACUACGUUCUGGCGCUAAUCAGAUCUGACGCGCCAGAUGACGAGAUUAGAAACACCUCUGUGGAAAAUCUGGAAGAUUUCCUACGCGAGCACACUAAGCCCUUUGUCGAAGACCUCUUCUCAACCUUUGGCCCCAAGCCGUCUGCCCCUCCUGGACUGCAGCCUCAGAUCCAGUCUCAGCACGCGAAUGCCGCACCCCAAUCGCAAGUUCCAGUCAAUGUCCCCACGGGCCCUAGAAACGAUACCCCCGCCAACCGGAAACGGACGUUCGGAGAGGGAUUCCAGGGCGAGCCGGAGCGCGAUGACGGUUCGCUGCAGAACCGCGCGAUGAAAACUCCCCGGCGUGGGGGGCGCGGUGGUGGUCGUGGCGACUUCAUGGGCCGUGGUAUGCAGUCUGGACAGCAGUUCCCUCAGCAGCAACAGCAGCCGGGUGGGUUCCCCAUGAUGCCCGGGAUGCCAGGAUUCCCGCAGUUCGACCAGAACGACCCGAUGGCUGCAAUGAUGGCCAUGCAGGGAAUGGGAUUCCCCCAGAUGCCGGGAAUGCCUGGCAUGCCCGGUAUGCCUGGUGCACCUGGGCAGACUGGUGGUGAGCAGAUGCCCAAGAGUAACGAGCGCUGUCCGAUGUAUGACACACAGGGUAUUUGUUACCUUGGGAACAACUGCUUCUACCAGCACGGCGAGAGCGGUGCGAAGGAUGAUGGUGAGAGGAACCCGUACAUGCUCGAUGCGCCUAUGCUAAUGGCUGCAGAAUAUGACCCUAAGACUGCCGGUUACAACGGGCGAGGCGGUGGUCAUGCCCGUGGUGACCGCGGUCGUGGCCGUGGCCGUGGUGGCUAUGGUGGACGAGGACGCGGCCGGUCCGAUUUCUCGUCGGCAGGACCUAAUGAGGACCAGUCGAUUACGACGAUUGUGGUGGAGCAGAUCCCCGAGGAGAAGUUCAAUGAAGAAUCUGUGCGCGAGUUCUUUUCUGAAUUCGGCAAUAUCGUGGAGGUCUCAUUGCAGCCCUACAAAAAGCUCGCUUUGGUCAAGUAUGAUACCUUCCCCGAAGCCAAGGCCGCGUGGUCGAGUCCCAAGGUCAUUUUCGACAACCGUUUCGUAAAAGUUUACUGGUAUAAACCAAGCCGGGAAGAGAACAACCACGCACAGCCCGAAGCACCAGCUUUCAACCCAGAAGAAUUCGAAAAGCAGCAAGAAGAAGCCCAACGGGCCCACGAGGAGAAAAUGAAGAAACGACAUGAAACCGAGGCAGCCAAGCAAGCCCUCGAGCGGCAACGCGACGAGCUCCUCAAGAAACAGCAAGACGAGCGAGCGCGUCUCAUGCAGCGUCUUGGAGGGUCCACAGACACAAGCAAUGGCGGCAACGCCAUGGACACAGGCAGCGAGCCUGCUGACGAGAACGUGAGCGACGAGACGAAGCAGUUGCGCGCCCAAUUGGCCGCCCUCGAGGCCGAGGCCAAGAGUCUGGGUCUCGACCCUGAGGCUGACCCUGCAAGCGCAAGUCGCGGUGGCUAUCGCGGUCGUGGAGGGUACCGCGGCCGAGGCGCAUCCCGCGGACGCGGUGGGUAUGAUCCCUCGUUCCGCGGGGGAUACCGUGGACGGGGUGGAUUCGGAGCUCGCGGACGAGGAGGUGUCCUCCGUUUGGAUAACCGACCUCGCCGUGUUGCUGUGUCAGGCGUUGAGCUCAACUCUGACAAGGACGAGGCACUUCGUCAGCACCUGAUGGGCAUUGGCGAAUACGAAUCCAUCGAAAGAAACCCAGACCAACCCAACUCGGUCGUAGUAGCCUUCAAAGAACGCUUCCAAGCCGAAAAACUCAUGUUCUCCCCCUGGAACAUCCCAUCCGUCGGCGAUGUCCAGCUAACCUGGAUGCCCAACCCUCCCAUCACUUUCCCACCGGCCGGAUCAGCAGAGUCCAAGGGUUCAGGUGGAUUUGACCACAAUGAACCCGAAGACACGCCGAUGUCUUCGGCGCCACCAGUUAACACUGCGCCGCCACGGGAUAUGGAUUACGAUGUUGCGGAGGAUGAUAGUUGGGGAGCGGAGUAA